UUUUCAGACAUCUGCCUAUGCAACCUGAAAAUUCAUCUGUGUGUGAUGUACGCGAAGUUUUGAAAUAUCAAGACUCCAAAUUUUUGCAUUAUUCCGAGCUGAUCAUGCUGAUUUUAUCAUUCAUUGCUUUACCAAUUUUGAUUUUGGCAAUUGUGAAAUGCAUCAAAUCUUCACUGUUUCAUACGAACAUUAGAUUGAUAACAGGGUUUCACUGUUUCUUCAUUCUUAUUCAUUGUUUCGGCAGAAUCCUUCAACAUUCCAGCGAUAUGUACCUCUGGAUGGCACCGUUAGCAGUUUGUGAAAAACGGCAAUAUUUUGAAAUAUGUGUGAUAUCCCGAAGCAUGUACCUUUACGGAAUUUACAGUUCCAGUUUUACUACUGUAUUUAUGGCCAUUGAAAGAACUCUGGCGACAUAUUUAUCGCAUAAAUAUGAACAUAAAAAUUCAUGUGUCGGUAUUUUAUUGGUUUGUUUCCAGAUCAUAAUUAGUCUAUUAAUAACUGUUCCCCUAUUUCUUGAUUCAAAGUUCACAACUCGGCCGGAUUUUUGUGAAUUUCAUGAUCCUUCCGACUGGCUUUUGGUUGUAGAGAUCUUUACGAUUUUCUCCAAUUUUGUAGCCUUUUUGCAAUGUUGGAAAUUAUACAGAGUGAACACGAAACUCAGAGUCCAUUCAAAAGUGCGCCGGUUAAGCCAAAAAUAUCAAAUCGAGGAGAACAAAAUGUUGAUAAAAGUUAUAUUGCGUUUCACUUGCUUAGAUUUUGUGUUCAUGAUGGUAUAUUGUUUUGGAAACUUGGCCACAAAUUUUAUUGACUUUAGUUUAUCCCAAGGGAAAUUGCACGGAUUCAUAGAAAUGGUGCAUUGUCUGCCGGUUUAUGCAAUUGUCGUCACAUAUUCCAUGGCAAGAGUUAUAAAACACAUUCAAAAACGGAAGACGUCAAAUUUGGUUGCAGAAAUCCGAAUAAGGGAGGACGCGUAUUUCAGUUAUAUAAAUAAUCAAUGGACCCGUGACACUAAGAACAAAAGUCACAAAUAGAACUAAAUAUUUCAAAUAGUUUCCACUUUAUCCUGAGCUACAAAAGUUGCCAAAAUGAACAC